AUGAGGCGGACGAGGGAGGAGCGCCGCGAGCUGCCGGCGCGUGUGUCUGCCGAUAUGCAGAAGAUCACGCUCACCUCGCUCCCGCUCGAUGCCCUCGUCACCGUCGUGUCUCACCUCGACAGCCUCAGCCUCCUCACAGUCGCCACUGUGAACCGCACGCUGCGUGCCGCCGCCGAGGACGAGUCCCUCUGGUCCGCCCGCGCCCGCCGCUAUCUCGGCCCUGUGCUGCACGCCUAUUUCGGCGGCGAGCUGCCGUCGCGGCCGCCCGGCGCAGGCGCAAAGCAGGGCUACUUUGCGCUGUAUGCCGGGUGGAAGCAGCUGGCGCAGGAGCGGAGCGGGCGGCUGCUCCUCAAGAUCGGCAAGCCGCGCAGCCGUGGCGACUGGGCCGGCGAGUGGCAGCGGUGGCAGACGGGGACGUACCAGACAAGCAGCGGAGCUUCGGCGGUGUGCUUUGGGCUGCCGACCAGCCAGUGCGAGGCGUACGGAGUCUUCGAUGCCACCGACUUUGACCACCCCGGCUCGAACGAGCUGCUUGGGCAGGCGGCCGCGAGGCCGGACGCGUCGGACGCCUUUCGGCUCUGCCGCCACAGCGGGCUGGGCAGAGGCAGAGAGCUCGGCCGCCACAGCGGGCUCGCCAUGCGCAUGCUCGCGGGGAUGGGUGUGCCGGGCCUGGAGGCGGUGCCGUGCGACGCGGCGCUCGAGAAGCUGCUUGCGCGACCCGUCCAAGAGUGCUUCUCCCCGUUUGCCCUGGUGGCGUGCUUCGCUUGCGUCGCCAUCGCGCUCCGCUGCUACGAGACGUCCUACGCGCGCGCGCACGGCUGGCCCUCGCCCAAGCUCGGCAGCCUGCUGCAGCGCGACCGGCCGGGCGGCGACUUGUGGCAGACGGCGCUGGAGGAGAGGCGCCUCGCGAUUGCAGGGCGGGAGGGCAGAGCGCGCCACUGCGAGGCAGACCACGCCGCGUGCCUCUCCGAGGAGAGAGAGUUGAGUGUGCGGUCUCCGCUCUGA